AAAACAAACUAUUAUAAACAAUUAUUUUAUGUUCUUUAGAAAAGAAUGUUUACCAACACAUGGUGUCAGUAUUUGUUCAACACUACGAAUAGCAAUACAUGGUGGAGAGAAAAGAAGAGAAAGAGAAAAAAAUAUAAUUUCGUGAAUAUCAGUCCGCUGCGCUGUUCAUAAAAACGAAUAUUAGUCGGAAAAAACUGUUCAAAUCGCAAAGUAAACGUCGGAAAAACAUACAGAGAAGUGAAAAAAAGUGAAAACCAAAGAAAUUACAAAAAGUUUAACUGUUUAGCCGAAAAAAGGAGGUACGGUUUGUUAAGCUGGUUAUAGCUGUCUAUAUGUCCAGGCAGCGCUCAGCGACCAAAGCCGUGCAAUUCAAGCACGAGUCUGCGGAGGAGGAGGACGACGACCAGGAGGAGCACGACCAGGAGCGUAUUAGUCCACGUCGCGGUAUGCAUUCGUAUGGGGACCAUGGAACCAUUGGCAGCGGAGUACCGGCCUUCCUGGCCAAGCUCUGGCGCCUGGUGGACGAUGGCGAUACCAAUCACCUAAUCUGCUGGACCAAGGAUGGCAACAGCUUUGUCAUUCAAAAUCAGGCGCAGUUCGCCAGGGAACUCUUGCCGCUCAACUACAAGCACAACAACAUGGCCAGCUUCAUUCGGCAGUUGAAUAUGUAUGGAUUCCACAAGAUCACGUCCAUUGACAACGGCGGUCUGCGUUUCGAUCGCGACGAAAUCGAGUUCUCACAUCCAUUCUUCAAGCGCAACUCCCCCUUCUUGCUGGACCAAAUCAAACGCAAGAUAUCCAACAACAAGAACGUGGAGGAGAAGUCCGCCUUGAAGCAGGAGGCCGUGUCCAAGAUCCUCAAUGAUGUAAAGGUGAUGCGCGGUCGCCAGGAUAAUCUGGACUCGCGCUUCUCCGCCAUGAAGCAGGAGAACGAGGUGUUGUGGCGUGAGAUAGCCAGCCUGCGCCAGAAGCACGCCAAGCAGCAGCAGAUUGUCAACAAGCUGAUCCAGUUCCUGAUCUCCAUCGUCCAGCCGUCACGCAACAUGUCCGGUGUGAAGCGCCACAUGCAGCUGAUGAUCAACGACACGCCGGAGAACGAUCGCGCCCGCACCACCAGCGAGACUGAGAGCGAGGGUGGCGGCGGCCCAGUCAUCCACGAGCUGAGCGAGGAGUUGCUCGAAGAGGUGAUGAAUCCCUCGCCGGCUCCCUACCCCAAUGCAUCGCAGUACGACCAGGACAGCGUGUCACCGUUGGCUGUUGAGCGUCCUCGGUCCAAUAUGAGCGUGAGCUCCCACAAUGUCGAUUAUUCGAAUCAAAGUGUCGAGGAUCUGCUCCUCCCGAGCAACGGAAUCUCAGACGGAAAUCUGCUACUGGCCGCCGGUGGAGCUGCCUCCCCAGUCGCCUCUAGCGUGAGUCGUUCGCCGGCACCACAAGUUCUGUACACAGUAACCGAAGUGCCCGACUCCCAUGUCCAGGAACUACCCAACAGCCCGACUUACAACGAGGAACAAGUCCUCACUACCCCGAUGGUGCGGGAGCAGGAGCGAAAGCGCCAACAACUAAAGGAAAAGAACAAGAAGCGUCGCAUUGAGAUGGACGGAACCAUCGUCGAUGAUGGUUCGCCCAAGACGCAGCGCACCCAAAGCAAGGAGGAUGUCCAGGUGGUCCAACCGGUGCUAAUCAAGGACGAGCCAGAGCAGAACGCGGGAUUGCUGGAUCUAAUCAAUCCCUCAAACUCGGACCUUUACAAUGUGGACUUUAUCAGUCAGGAUAUGCCCACAGAUAUUUUUGAAGACGCAGCUCUCUUGCCAUCUAAUGAGAAGGCUGCCAAGCUCGACCAACAACAAAAGUUCGGCCAAUCGACUGUCAACAGUGGAAAGUUCUCGAACAACUUCGACGUGUCCUCUGGUGGCGCCACACUGCUGGAUGCCAAUCAGGCCUCCACAUCGAAGGCAGCUGCUGCUGCCAAGGCGGGCGCCUCCGAUGAUGGGGCCAUGGCUGUGGCCAAGUACACUGGUGGCGAGAAUGGUGGGGCUCGAGACCUUCUCAGGUUGAACUCAGUGUUAGUAGACAAGAAGCCCCUGGCACCGUCCGAUCUCAACAAUAAUGAUGACCCCAUUUCUUUCGGUUACAGUGACGAAGUCAACGGGCAUUUGGACAAUGUGCAGGAUGAAUUGGACACCCUGAAGGACCUGCUGCGUGGUGAUGGCGUCUCCAUCGAUCAAAACAUGCUCCUGGGUACGCUUGGCAGGACACCCAUUGUGCAGCUGACCGAGGACGAGCUGUUAUUAAAGCUCUUCAACGACUCGGAUCUACUGGACAACUAUGGCCUAUCGUUUCCCACUGACAGCAUGAGCAACGAUAAGAAAGCAACCAGUGGCUCUGAGCUGAUGGCUUAUCAGCCCAGUAUGUACGACCUUUCUGACAUUCUGGACACUGACGACAGCAACAAGAAUUCGGAAGCCGAGAGACGUCAGCUGCAGACCCAGAGCUCGGUUUUGAAUACGCCACGUCACGAGGUGUAAAUAGAUGGGAUGCUAGAAGAAAUGGCGCGCGAUACUACUUGUUUUUAGUUUUUAAUCGAAGCAGUCGUUAAGGAGAUGACUUUGUAGGCCUUCGCUGCUCUAGACUUUAGUUGAUUCACAUCAUAUAAUCACAAUAAUCAUAUUACGGAUGCUGUAUAUGCCUUAAGCACUAUAUAUAUGAUAUAUAGACUAACCAGUUCUUGUUGUAAAAAGACUCGAAACAUCAGUUAAUAUUUAGAUGUAUUUUUUUGUAUCGGGGAUAUGAGAGCCUCGGCUCAGGUAGAUGAUUUUUAGUUUGCACUAACCGAUCGAGAGGGAUAUCCUCUCCGAACGUAUGCAAUAGAAAAUAUACAUUACACACUACUUUUUAUUAAUUAACAAUAAAAUGUUUAAGCCGCCUUGAGCUGCGAAUGAA